CAUUCAGGGGCUGGUCAAUCGAUCAGACACGAGGAGCCAGCUUCUUCAGUGCAGCGACCACAGACAGACACGCAGAAAAAGCAGGAGGAGACCUUCACCCAGCCUCCUGUAAACCAAAGUGGACCUUUGUUUUUGAUUUUUAAGAUCCCUGGUCGGAACUCUCGGUGUCUUUCGCUCCGAAACUUUGCCCAACUCGAUUGGAAAUGGUGGGAAUUUCUGGCUCCUAUCAGGUCAACGGAGAGAAGACGCGUUCCGCAAUGCCGGGGUCACCAGUGGAUGUGAAAGUGCAGUCUCGAGCCACACCCCCAACCAUGCCUCCGCCACCUCCGUCUGGAAACCAAGGGAAUUCUCGGCCAAACUCCUUCACCCCGACCUCACUGCCGAAUGGCGUUGACCACUCUCCACCUGCCCUGAACGGCGUGCCAUCCCCACCUCAACGCUUCAGCAAUGGCCCUUCGUCCUCUCUCGCCAGUCAGCAGCUCCCUGCCACCUGUGGUGCCCGCCAGCUUAGCAAACUGAAGCGCUUUCUGACCACCCUGCAGCAAUUUGGCAACGACAUCUCACCGGAGAUCGGGGAGCGAGUCCGCAGCCUUGUCCUGGCACUGGUGAACUCAACCGUGACCAUUGAAGAGUUUCACUCAAAGCUGCAAGAGGCAACAAACUUCCCACUGCGCCCCUUUGUAAUUCCAUUCUUAAAGGCCAACCUGCCACUGCUGCAGCGGGAACUACUGCACUGUGCCCGCUCUGCCAAGCAAACGCCAGCUCAGUACCUGGCUCAGCAUGAACACCUCCUGCUCAAUGCCAAUGCCACGUCCCCUGUCAACUCAACGGAUCUGCUAGAGGUCAAUGAGAAUGGGAAGAGGAACAGCCCGGAAAGGAAUAAAGAGAAUGGUUUUGACCGAGACCCUCCAGCAAAGCGGGUGUGCACUAUCAGCCCUGCCCAGCGGCACAGCCCAAACAUUGGCAUACCUCACCCCGCCAAUGGGCAACUGCAUCCAACCCCUCCUCCCCUCCAGCACUACAGCCUGGACGAUGUGGCCAUCAACCACCUGUACAGAGACCCACAGAGACUUCCGGAAUACAGAGACCGACACAGGCAUCACGGAGGAUCUCGUGCAGUGUACCAGGAAGAGAUGAUUGAUCACCGACUGACUGACCGUGAGUGGGCUGAGGAAUGGAAACAUCUGGAUCAUCUCCUGAACUGCAUCAUGGACAUGGUGGAGAAGACUCGUCGCUCACUAGCCGUCCUCUGCCGUUGCCAAGAAGCUGACCGAGAGGAGCUAAACUACUGGAUGAGGCGUUACAAUGACACAGAGGAUGUACGAAAGGGGGGCAGCACUCACCUCAGGCAGCUCAGCCCUGGGAACACAGACACCAUUCAGACUGAGCUUAAUCGGGAGAUCGGUCACAGACCAUCAGCGGGUUACGUCCCGGAUGAGAUCUGGAAGAAAGCGGAGGAGGCAGUGAACGAGGUCAAACGACAGGCCGUGUCGCAGUUACAGAAGGCAGUAACCGAGGCUGAGCAGAAAGCGUAUGAGAUGAUAACGGCAGAGAGGGCCAAGAUGGAGCAGAAGAUAGCAGAUGCCAAGCGGCAAGCAGCUGAAGAUGCUUUCACCGUCAUCAAUGAGCAGGAAGAUACCAGCGAGAGUUGCUGGAACUGUGGGCGCAAGGCCAGCGAGACCUGCAGCGGCUGCAAUGCGGCCCGUUACUGCGGCUCCUUUUGCCAGCACAAAGAUUGGGAAAAGCACCACCGCAUCUGCGGCCAGAACCUGCACGCUCAGGCCAAGGUGGUGCCCGCAGGAGGCUCUGGUCCAAAGGCCGCCAAAGGCGAGAAGAGCCCAGCUCUGGAGAAGGCUCCCCCGUCCACCGUGACUUCCAGAUCGGCCACACCGGCUGCUCCAGAUGCCAGUGUGCAGUAACGUGACCUAUGACCUCCCCCCCCCCCCUCCCCCUCCCCACCACCCCCCACGUCAAAUGGAGACAUUGGAAUUGAAACUCCCACCCGGGGCCACAGUUCGAUAUCAGGUGUAGGCCUCAGCUUUUAAAGAUACCCUUUUUUUCCUUUUAAUGUUCAAAAAAAAGACAUAAUUGAGGGGGAGACAAUUCGGGCUCAAGGCUCCUCUUGAGAGCUUCGACUGAAAUGUAGGCCAGCAAAAAAAAUAAAAUCACAGAAGCAAAAUCUACAGUCGGACUCCUGGCAACAGAGGAAGCAGGCUGCUGUAUCCACGGGCCAGAAACACUGCCAUUUAUGAGACGACUGCAGAAAUGUUUUGGACUGGGACAUGAACGUCCUCCUGUAUGUCUCUCCCCACUCACUGCUGACUCCAUAACAAUCCUGCAUCUUGCUCUGCAGUCCGAAAAGAAAAUGUAAACAUUUACCUGUGCAAUCAAAGUGGACAAGGAGUAACAAUUCAGAUCCUACUUACUCAAAACACUCUUUACCUCUUGGUUUAAAAAAAAGGGACUCUUUCAAGAGAUUAGAACUUAUUCCUUCGAAGAGAAAUGUCAAAAGAAUGUGGUUUGUCGCUGGUUUUUGAAGGGGGUAAAGGGACUCUCUUUUGACUUGUAUAUCCCUUUUCGAAACGUGUGAAAGGAAAUCUCCCGUCUUCCUGUCCCCACAAAUGAUUUGUACACUGAUUGCUCUUCCCUGACGCCAUUCCGUUCCUACCCCAAGGAAACACUCCGGAAAGAUCCGACGGUGGCUGAUGACUGCUCUAGUGGUGUACUUGAUGGGGAAGGAAGCAGGUGGCCUGGGUCGGCUUUGGUGUGUGUAAAACUGCUCUUCGUAUGACUUUUUGUAACGACUGACCUCUCGAGACGUUACUCCUCACCUCCUUUGUGAUCUCCCGAAAGCAAGUGGACAGUUUGUGUCACACGGUGACAAGCUCCAGACACACGCACACGCGCACAUAAGUUUCUUUUCAGGACUUGGGAGCCUUCGUUUCCCCCUUCUCGAUUCCCUUGACUUCUAAACGCGAAGCGACGUUUGCCUGCCGAGGACAGAGAUUCCGCUGAAACCAAGCACAAAAGGGUAUCCCAAACUUUGAUCGGAUUGGAAGCGAACAGUUAGAGCUGCACAACUCUUGUGUGUCCACCAAAAUGAGAACUGAACCAAAUUAUCAUCCUCUACAACCAAACUGUCCAAGCCAAACUCUCUCUCUCUUCGGCUUACCGAAAGUCGAGGGGAGGUUGCCUAAUGUGCUAGGCCAACAACCAAAACCUCAUAGUUCAGGAUUCAUUACAAAAACAAAACAAAACUGAUUGAUCUAAUCCCUCUGUUCAGCUGUGUGUCUCUGUAAGUGAAUGAGAAGUACAGUGUGUUUGUUUCAUUUGUGACCAGUUAAUGUGAAGGAUUGUAGUAUUGGCGUCAGUGUAAGCAGUCCUUAAGGGUCUGCCCUUUUUGUUCUGUGAAGCUGUCGUGUUGUGAUUACUGAAUUCUUUAUCUUCUUUUGGGUUUCUUUUAAAUGUUUUUUUUUAUUUAAGAAGAAUUUGUGUAUGCAACUGAUAUGUGGCAAUUUAAGCCCUGCCAGUUCUUUAAAAAAAAAUGUUCUGUGUCAUUGGCUUGUGCUACAGUCGAUUUAAUCGCCUAUUUUCUGAUUGUAACCAGAUUGAAUUAACUCCUGUCUUCCUGUGCACUCAGGGCCUGUCGGGUGAACUUGUCAUGAAAGCGUUGGCAUAGCUUCUUGCAACAGUUUGUCUCCCCUCUCCAAAAGAUAAUCCCUGUGUCAUUGUCUCUCUUUAACAUUCUACACACUGGCUGACCGACUCCUUCAAGGUGUAAUCCAUCUUUCAUUUAAUUCCUCUUUCUUGUAGCCCCCAAGGAAAGGAACAAUGAGAUAACAGCUAGCUGUUUAUUCUGGAAUCUUCUCAGGCACAGACUGCUGAGGUGGGGUCAGGAGAAGAGAAGUGAAAUUCCAUUGUUAUUGACUUAAGGGCAUUUAGAAAUAGAUGUUUGAAUUACAAUGAGAUCUCUUCUAGUCACAUUUUGGCUUCUGACAAUGAUACUUCCAUCCAUUAUAAAUAGGUAAAGGGCCAGUCUUUUUGAAGACACCACCAGAUUGCUGAAACCCAUGGGUACGCAUUUUUAUUUUCAUUCAAUGUGAGCUUUGCCAAUCAGGCCAUCUUUAAUGCCCAUUGAGAGUCAAUGAUAAACCAUCAUUUUGAAUACAACCAACUGCCUCGUUCAGAGUUAACCCCUUCAUGUGGAUCUGGAGUCACAUGUAGGCCAAGCCAAGUGGCGAUGGCAGAUUUUCUUCUCUAAAGCAAAUUAGUGAACCAGAUGGGGUUUUUUUUAACAGCAGUCUGUUAGUUUCAUGCUCACUAGGACCAUUCCUAUUAGCUAUUUUUAAUUCCAGAUUUUUAUUACACGAGUCAAAUUUAAUUUGCACAACUACCAUGGUGGGACUUGUACUCAUCUAAUGUUAGUGGAUGAUAGUCUACACUACACUACCACCCGGUAUUUCUCAAACAGAUUGUUGUAAAUGCCGUGAAAGAUCUCCAGGAGAGGAGAGGACAUAGCUGGGACCACAGGAACUGCUUCAUAUUUUAACAUGUCUCUCCCACUUUAAUCCUUUCCCCUUCAACACUGCUCCCUUUAGUUGAUCUGUGAACUAGACAGUUCAAGGUGUGGAUUCCAGAGGGUUCUGUCCUACCAUCAGGGAGAGGACUCUGUUUUCAGUGGAAUUUAAUAAAAGUAUCAUGAGGAAGAGAGAACCUAGGGAAUAAAGGCUUUUCCAUGUCCAAUAACAGAAGAGGAACACAGGAAAUAUGCCUAUGGCUGUUUCCAUGGCUAGCUUUUCCCUGGAACAGUCAUCAGUCUGUCACCAGGGUCUACAGCUUGAGGGAUGCUUCUCUGCAUCAAUUGCUUCCUGCUCUUAAUGCCUGCCAUAUGGUUAUUGGAAGGAGACUGGGCAAUAUGUAAAACAUAUAAUGCUGGGUCAGUCUUCCUUCAACACCUCUCCUGAUUCAUUUCUAUAAACUUGAAGUAGGAAAGAUGGACAGCAAUUGGGUUGAUUCAAUAUUGCCUCUUUUACUGUGCAACCAAAUCCAACAGGGAACCAAGGAGACAUUUCCUCACUCUCCGCGAUUGGUUAGAAUGUGGAAUUCCACAGGAAGGACUUGAGGCAAAUGGAUUUGAUGCUUUCAACAGGAAACUAGAUGAGGACAUGAAAGGAAAAGGAGUAGAAAGUGAGACUGAGGUGGGGCGGGUGUUAAUGGGAAUGCAAUCACAAUAAGUCUAAACACCAGCUUAGUGCAGUUGGAAUGAAUGUCCUGUUUCUGCGCUGUAUUUACUAUUGUCCAAAGCCAUAUUUACCCCUUCUGUUCCCACCUCUUUCCCAAAUGUUGAUCUCUUCAGCUUUUGACACAUAGGCGUAGAUGUUUUUUCUUAAAAGGCUAACAUGACAACUAUAGCUAAGCCCCUGUAGGCCAAGUCAAUGUGAGCAAUACUAACAAAAACCAUUCUUCCAUUAAGUCACAUUGACUAAUCUUUGUAUCCUCCCCAAACCCCACAACAUGAUGGAAGUUUCAGGAACUUUUUAACCUGACAACAGCUAUCCUCUCCCGAGGGAAAACCACAGAGCGUUUCCUUUCUGCUUUUUCCUCAGAGGUGUAUGAAUUUUACGCUGGUAUAACGUGAAGAAUUAAUCAGCCUGUGGUUUGGUGACUUUGUUGUCCCAAAUUGUGCAAUAUGUAAUUACAGGUUGUACAAAAUUAAUUUCUGGUUUCUCAAGUUUUUUUUCUUUCAAUUUCCAUCCUCUUCCACUCCAUGAAUCAUAUCAAUAGAAUCUGGAUUUUCAGAAUAAAAAUAUAAAAUUCCCAAAUUAACCUGACUAACUGGAUGGUCAGUUGGCCAUUCUCCACUGCACUUCCUGCCCAGAUAUCUUACCAUGAGUUUUAAUCAGUGCCAGAACUCCAAAGCGUUUGCCAAUUCUCAAUGCUCCCCCCAUCUUAAAAACAAGCUAAAAUACAAAUUGGUGCCAAUGAAAUGUGAUCAAAUGAUUGAAACACAAGUAAUGUUGACAGUUCUGCUGGGGAGUAGGGUGAAGCUGGUAGCGUCAUUGGCUGUAGUAGGGCCUUGAACUACAACCCUGGGAGAAUGGAGUUAGACCAUUGAGCGAUAUUCACAUCUUUAUCGCAAAAACUAAAUCAGAUUUAGGUUUUGAUAUCAGCUUUUUAAUUUUGGUGGUGGGCAUGAGUGAUUUGUGAACUCUGCAGCCAUAAACAAUUUGAUCUUGACCCCAUGCAAUGGCAUCCAGUCAGGAGCCUGUUUUAUAUAGUUCCCUUUUGUUGUUUCCAAUACUUUUCAACAGUUGUAAAAUGGACUGCCUGUUGCACAUGCUUUCAAAGUGAAGAUCCGACCUCAUAGAGAGCGUAUAAUAAAUCUCUGGUGAUAGUGUAGUUGUGCUAUCCUCAGGAUUUUGAUUGCCUUUUCUUUCACACCACUCCUUACCCCUCCCAUCCCACCCUCUUACAGUCAGUCACCACAUGCCCCUUAAGGACUCCCUGUGCCACAUUGCAAUAGACAGUUCUAGCAGUUGUCCUCCCACUCCUGUUAACCUCAAGCUACCUCUCCCAGCUAUCAGUCAACUGAGCUUGUGAGCACAUGGGUAGAGAAAGAACACAUUAGCUCUGCCAGUUUGUGGCAUAGCUUAUUGCUGCUUAGUUCCCUAAGGACGCGUUUGUUAUCAUUUCAAUCUGCAAUAAAAAAUAUCUAACCGGCAACUAGUCAGACGAAGUAAAAUCAGAGAAUCCCUACCGUGCUGAGAGAGGCCAUUCAGCUCAUUCAGUCAGCACCAACCGUCCAAAGAGCAUCCCACCCUAUACCCAUACCAUAGUUAACCCACCACUCCCUGCCCAAGUAACUUUGAUGUGUGGGGAAACCUGCUUAGCCAAGUGAAAUAGUCCUGUACAGAAGGCCAUUUGACAAAUGUGCCUGUUCCAGCUCUUUGUAAGAGCCAUCCAAUUCUCCGACUUUUCCCUUAGCUCUGAAACUAUUUCCCUUUCAAUAUUCAGUUUCUGUAUCCAGUUCCCUUGUGUGGAAUCCAGGUAUUUGUGACAUUCUAAGUCAUGGUCACUACUGCUUCUAAGGUGAAUUAAAUAGAAGUUAUUGUUAACACCAACGUGUCUGCAGAGAGCGUUACAGAUCAGAACUGUCAGUAUCUAGAAGCUGUGGUCUCAGACUCCUGGCAAGGAAGAGCGGGGAGGUAAUUGAUUGCAAGUUUACUCUUGGCCCUCAAAUUCAUGAGAAACCAAAACUUAAUUUGAUCUGAGCUGUUCCCUGAGAUGAAGGGACGGUGGUUAACCUGUAGGGAAGGUACUUUCAACAUAAAGGAAAGCCAAAAUCUGGUUUGUAUGUAUUUGCCCAUUGCAAUCGUCUGUGUGACCUGCUCAUCAGGAUCCAGUAAAAGGAAAACUUUGCCCAUGUUCACCCCUUGCAGCAGGUGCUGUCUCUGAAGAUGGAGCUCGCCAUUCUAAAAUAUCAAAGAAGAGUCGUACCAGACUCGAAACAUUCACUUACCUUCUCUCUUCACAGAUACUGCCAGACCUGCUGUAUUUCUCCAGCUCCAUGCUGUUCUUAUUUCAGAUCUCCAGACUUUGUAGUAUUUUGAUUUUAUUCUAAGACACCAGCGCCUUGUCCCACUGACAAGAAAGGGAUAAAACCUCCAGUGUAAGCAAGCUACAAACUGGAUGAGGAGAGUGGGCAGUACAUUAUGUUGGAAGUACAGUUCUAUAUCUAGCUUCUUUUAAAGCAGUGGCUAACUAUUGAAGAUUAGCAAUGGACCUUUGUGUCUUUGUUACUUUCAAUGCAGUGCUUCUUUGAAUCGGGUAUUGUAUUUUUUUCUCUCUCUCUCUGUUGUAUAUGUAAAUAAAUAUUUGUAAAAAUU